CUCUUCUUCUCCUCUUAGCCUGCCUGCGAAAUCUUUCCUAAAGCGAGCGACGAGGCUUCCUUUCACUCGAGGCUUUGCUUCGUCGUCGUCGUCGUCUCCUCUACCAUAACAAUAAAAGGAUUUCCUUUCACUCCGUCGCUCUGGAAUUCUUCAAGAUGCGGCGCUCUUCUACAAGGAGAGGCUCUGCUAAUUCCUCUACCGGUGUCGAUCUCAUUCGCUCCGCUACUGGUAAAGCUGCUUCCAAAGAGCUUGAGCGGAUUGAUCAACUGUUUAAUUCUUAUGCAAAUAGUUCUUCCGGUGUGAUCGAACCUGAAGGAAUUGAAGCUCUUUGUUCAGAUCUGGAAGUGAAUCACACCGAUGUCAGGAUUUUAAUGUUUGCAUGGAAGAUGGAUGCUGAAAAACAGGGAUAUUUUACCUUGGAGGAAUGGCGUAAAGGGAUGAAAGCACUUCGGGCUGAUACAUUGCCCAAAUUAGUGAAAGCACUGCCUGAUUUGGAGAAAGAGGUAAAAAGGCCAUUAACCUUAGAGAACUUCUAUGCUUAUGCGUUUCGAUACUGUCUAACAGAGGAAAAACAGAAGAGUAUAGAUAUAGAAAGCAUCUGUCAAUUACUUGACCUAGUCCUGGGAUAUCUGUUUCGUGCACAGGUUGAUUACUUUGUUGAGUAUCUUAGGAUACAAAGUGAUUACAAGGUCAUAAAUAUGGAUCAGUGGUUGGGGUUUUUUCGUUUUUGUUCUGAGAUUCAUUUCCCAAUCCUAGACAAUUACAAUCCUGAACUUGCCUGGCCCUUGAUCUUGGACAAUUUUGUUGAAUGGUUGAGGGAAAAGCAGAUGCAGUAGUAGCCUCGAUUAUCUGUUCUGAACUGCGGUUAUCUGCCUUGAAUCAAACUACGCAGGGCUGUAUCGAUACAAAAUACACAGAGAAACAGAACUGGCGAAUCUCUUACUUAUUUUUGGUUUUCUUCUCUUCUCUAUAGCUCAUUUGAAUUGAUGAAACAGUCAAAGUCAUGUUUAAACCAGAUGGCAUAAUUCAUGCAACUUUUUGCAUUAGUAUUAUUGAUUGAUGUAAGCAUAAUCUGCAUUAUUAUUGAGGGAUUUUCUAAUGUUAAA